UCAGAGGUGAGAGUUCACUCCGGUAAAAACAUGGUUGAGCACGGGGAUAUCCGCGUGGUUCACUGCGGCGGCAGUAAAAUAAACUUCAGGGAUCCUGUGAUAACCCACGACUCCAGGUUCCUUCUGUGCGCCUCCGGAGAGGCUGUGAAGGUGUUCAGCACCUCCACAGAGGAGUGUAUCCACGAGCUGCGGGGUCACACCGAGCUGGUGACAGGUGUGCUGCUCAGACCCUCAAACCACUUACAGGCCAGAAAGCAAAAGCGUUUCCAGCUGGUCGCGGCCCAUCUGCCACAGAGUGGAGAUCAACUGGUGGAGGUUCAAGAACUUUCUGCCGUACUCAGCGGCGUCAGCCCCAACCCAGCAGCCAUCGCCUUUGGCAGAGGGGGAGAAUUUAUUGCUUCAGUGAACGACUUGCAGCUGGAGGUCUAUUUCUUCAAGAAGCAGAAGUCGUACAGGUUUUUCCUGAAAGAAGACAACAAAAAGGGCGGCUGGAACACAUUCACAUGCGUCGCCUGUCACCCGAAAGAUGACUGCAUCGCCACGGGACACGAAGACGGGAAGAUCCGCCUGUGUAUAGAGAUCACCAUCAUCCAGAGUUGCGUUAAAGUGUCUGCUGUCAUUCAGGGCCUGGUCAAAGGCGACAGCAUCAGGACAGACUUGAUGAUGGAUCCUCGCAGCAAAGCUCUGGUGCUAAACGGGAAACCCGGACAUCUGCAGUUUUACUCGCUCCAAAGAGACAAACUGCUGUACAAUCUGGACAUCGUGCAGCAGGAGUACAUUCAUGAAUCGGGCCUGCAGCAGUUCGAGGUGGUCAAAGCGGCGUUUGACGCCUCCGGCUCGUGGUUGGCGACGGUGGAGGAGAGACAUCAGAAAGCUGCUGAGCUGGAGCUGAACCUGAAGCUGUGGGCUUUCGAUGAACAGACGCAGAGUUUUGUGCUGAACACGACCAUCUCGGCCCCCCACGACGCCCAGAUUACCGCCAUGUGCUUUUGCCAGGCCGCCGACAGCCAGACCACCCUGCUGGUCUCCACCAGACCUUUUUUCCCCUCCAUCAGUGAUCUUUGUUUUGGGCGACUGAGCUGUUCCAAGUAUCUGCUGGGAACCACCGCCAGCAAUCUGCUCUGCUGGAACCUCCUCACCUGCUCUUUGGAGUGGACCACUUCCAUGGAUGUCAGGCGGCUGCUGGCCGACCCCCUUUCCGAGAACAUGGCUGCCUUUUGCUAUCAGAGCGGAUCCACUGACCUGUUUGUGUUCAAGCCCAGCGAGCCUCGGCCGCUGUUUUCCCAUAAGGCUGUGUGCUCGAGGAAGGUGACUCAGGCCGUCUUCGCUCCCAGGGAGGAGAUGCUGGAGAGCUGCGAGGAGAGCAGCCAGUGGCUGAACCGCUCUCAGCUUUACUUCCUCACUCAGCAGAUGGAUCUCAUGACAUUCACCACCAAAGCUGAGGAGGACAGGCUGCUGGCAUCCAGCAAACAGCUUGUGAUUGACGACAGCGUAGCCAUGACGCCUUUCUAUCUGCUGUUGGGGAAACACAGACAGCAGCAACAGGAGCAUCAGGACUCCGACAGCAGCCUGUGGGCGGAGAGAACGGCGCUGCCGCAGACCUCUGCCUCCAUCAAAGAGCUUCUGCAGACCCCGGCUCACGUGCUGCCCUCCACCUCAUACCUGUGCUCCAUGUUUGUUCAGUCUCUGCUCAUCUCUGUCUCAGACGCCAGGGAGGAAAAGGCACGUGCAGAAGAGGAAAUGGAGAGCGAGAAAGAGGAAGAGGACUCUGAGGAGGAAAUGGAAUCCAGCAGGUCCAAACCGGAGCUGGCAGCGGCGACAGAGUCGGACGCCCCCGCUCUGACGAAGGCUCAGGCGAGAGAACUGAGGAGGGUGAGGAAGCUGGAUCACAGCUGGCUCGCAGGCCUCCUGGACUCCUAACCAGAGCCUGUACCAGGUUUCCACCAGCAGCUCGGACGUUUUCUGUUUUAUACCAUUAAGUCAAAGUGGGCUUCUUCCACUUUGUCUCCCUGACUGGAAACAAAUCUCUGUGCAAACACAAAGCACAUAUUUGAUUACACAAUCCUCAAGUCAUUAUUGGACAAGUUUAUGACAUCCAAACAAUGGAACCCCACCCAGCCUUUCCUCCGCUGUUGUACAGCGAGCGCGAGUUUCCACCAGUUUUCUUGCCAAAACUCUGGACUGAAUUUUUGGUCUGGAUUCUUUUCAAUCCUCAAUUGUUUUGUCUUAUUCUUUGUUUUUUUCUUUUUUUGGAAAAUAAAUAUUUGUACCAA